GCUGUGCAGUGGAGUGGGAGUUUUCUGUGUGACUUGGCGCAUCCUGGAUGUGGGGUCUGCCUGAUGCUUCUCUGUGUGUUAACGGAACAUCUGCCCUUCUGUCCCCGUGCCUCUCUGCCUCCUGUUGGAUGUACAGUACUGUGGAAGCUCUCCCUUUGUUUUGACUCCAGCUCUGAGCUCUCUCUCUCUAUAUGGUAACCAGCUGACUGUUGCUGUACAUUUACCUUGAGCCAGAGGCAUUGCUUGCCUGGGAGAGGGUCUCUGCUCUGACUGACACCCACCCCCGACUUUCUGCAUUCGAGAUGGAGAGCACACUCCCCUGCAGCCCCGCCUCUGGUCCCGGACACAGGCGACCAUGAGCAGAGCUCCCUCCUUCCCCAGUCCUGCUGUCUUUUCCCUUCCAACAUCUGCCUGCUUCACUACCCACCACCCUCCCCCUUCCUUCCGAGAGACUCCCAUCUAGACAGACUGCAGCGAGCUCUCCCUCUCCUCCCCAGCUCUGCGGCAACAAAAGAAUAUGUGAUUUGGCCUUUGUCUUUUGGCAGAAAGCGUCAAAAUGAUCUCUGCAAAAGACAUGCAGAAGAAGAAGCUCUCGAAGGACAGCAUGACCUUACUUCCCUGCUUCUACUUUGUCGAGAGAUGCUCUGAAAGAAUAAUCUUUGCCGACAUAUCUCAGGGGAUUACGGAGGUGGAGCAAGCUAAAGUGGAAGUGUUGCUGACUCAGAAGUCAAUGAAAAGCUUCCCUUCACAGCAUGCUACAAUCUCUGCCUUCGCUGCAGUCUACAUCUCGAUGUACUUUAACUCAACGAUAUCUGACUGCACCAAGCUCCUGAAGCCAAUGCUGGUUUUUGCCUUUGCAAUCGCUGCAGGUAUUUGUGGCCUGACACAAAUUACUCAGUACAGGAGCCAUCCCAUCGAUGUAUAUGUGGGUUUCAUCUUUGGGGCAGGAAUCGCUGCAUACCUGGGGUUUCAUGCUGUGGGGAACUUCAAGGCAUCAGAUGAUACCACCCCAGUGAAACCUUCUCCCAAGAGCGGCCUUAGGCCUCUGACUCAUCUCCGCCAUGACUCAGUCUACCAGCAGAGUAAGUCCCUGAGCACAGAUGAGCUGAACCCACAGCCGAGGCUUGAAGGCCUGGAGCAGCAUCUGGCACAGAGGGAGAAGAAUUCCCUGAACAGCCUGAAACGGGCCAGUGUCGACGUGGAGCUGUUGGCACCGCGCAGCCCGAUGGGCAAGGAGAACAUGGUGACCUUCAGCAACACGCUGCCACGUGUCAACACACCGAACCUGGAUGAGGCUGCGCGCCGACACAUGACCAUCCACGUCUCCAUGGAUGCCUCUCGCUCCAAGCAGCUCAUCUCGCAGUGGAGGCAGAGACCCAUGGAUGGCUUGGCCUUGGACCAUGACCCAAACAUCAGUCAGUCGCAGCCGCAGAUGAGGGCCGCUAUGGAGCUGAGGGCCGCAGGCUUCGAUCAGGAGGAAGUGGCACCGUCUUCCCUCUACCCUACAGUGCAGGCCAGGGUCUGCGAGAGAGGCGCAGGGGGUGGGGCACGGGUCCUGAUCCAGUCCAGAGCCGGCACCUCGCAGCUGGUUCACAUCCCCGAGGAGAGCCAGGCGAGCGUCAGCACCUCGCCAAAGAGUAACUCAGCCCGGGCCAAGUGGAUGCUGUUGGCGGAGAAGGGAGGGGUUCCACGGGCCCAAGCCCAAGCCCAGGCCCAGGCCCAGCCCCAGCCCCGCAUCAUGCAGGUCAUCGCCAUGUCCAAGCAACAGAGCACGGUCACGGUCACACCAAGGCACUCAGAGGCUUCCAGCAGCUCCGAGUCUUCGCAGUACAAGUCGCCCUCAGAGCGGGACUCGGCCAGCAUUGUGACAGUAGAUGCCCAUGGCUCACACCCAGUGGUGCACGUCUCCUCUGUAAAUGGCGGUACUGGGCCCUGGGAGUGGAAGUCGCCCCAGGCCGGUGAGGCCUACGAGCUGAAUGACCUGAACAGGGACUACCGGGGCUACAGGCCCUCCAAGAGCGGGAGCAGCGCCGGAGGAAUGUCACCUGGAUCCUCAGCCAGUGACCUGGAACACGAAGACACUCGCUUCUGCAGUGUCGCCACAAUCAAUGUGGCCACAGCUGAGAGGAGCGAAACCAAUUCAGAGAGCCUGACCAUGGGCUCCAGCGGGGACUCGACCUUAAGGAGAAAACCCAACCCAGCUUUCCUGGCUGAGCGGGAAACCAGUACAGACAGCGACCAGGAGGCUUACUACAAGAAACUUCAAGCCAACAGGAGAUUCAAAGACUGACCAGGACUAUUUUGCAGGGGGCAUUCUCUUACUGAAACAGUCAGGAUACCGACUCCCUACAGCACUUAACUCUUGUGAGUUGGUUAUCCCUUAUCCCCACAUUGAACAAGCCGGGAGCAAUAAAACAACCUUUCCAUGGAUAUCUCUUGUUUUCAAGCCUUUUCAGUCCGCAGGUCAAUUCUGGUCUUCAAAGCCGAUUUCAUUUGCAGUUUGGGGCGUUUUCUUGACUCAGAACAGCUGGGAAUACAGAUCUAGGUCUAAAUUUCCAAGACCCUUCAUAUGACAUUUUCAGAUAUUGUUAAGAAAAAGAAAGAAGGAAUUGAAUUUUCUCGCACCUUUCCUGCCCUCAAGAGGUCCCGCAGCACUUCAGGGCAAAGUUAUUAUUUCAGAGACCGAGACAAAUGGGCCAUUUCAACUCGCAUGUUUCUUGUGUUCUUAUUAUUCCAGACUUUUGGAAUUGUAGUCUUGUAAUUACGUUGUGGUUUUAAAUUGGUCAAUGGUUAAAGAAGCAAGAAGUGAGAUUUGUGUCUUUUGUGGUUGACCUGAUGGUGUAAUCUGUUGCUUGUGGCUGUUUAACAUGUUGGUUGGCAUUCUGAGCCAGGCAUUGUACUUUGUAGAAGUCAUGGACAGUAAUAACUUCUGUAUACCAGUGCCAAAUGGUACCAACCUUUGUGUUGGCAUGAACUUGCACAUAUUUUCAUUGUAUACAAGAUAGCUGGGUGCUAUAAUCUUUUCAUUGACAUGGCUAAUGAUUGUAAGCAGGCUAGCAAAGUGAUCCCACAUCACUUGCCAGAAAAAGCAGCAGCUACAAUUGUGCUAAGAAAGAAAUGACAAAGAGUAAAAUACUGCAGGUGCUGGAAAUCUGAAAUAAAAAAAAUCAGUUGCUGGAGAAACUCAGUCAGCCUGGUAGCACCCGUGGAGAGAGAAACAGAGUUAACCUGUCAGGUCAUUUAAACUCUGAAGUUUUGAUGAAAGAUCAUUAAUAUUAGCUCUGCUUUUGAUGCUCCCAGAUCUGCUCAGUAUUUCCAGUUUACUGUUUUAAAAUCGAAGAAAGAUUGAGUUAAUCCCAACAUAUGUUUGGGAGAAUAUGAAACCGCUGUGAUAAUACAAACAGACUAUUAAGUCAAUAUGCAGGACAUGUGCGGUCAAGUUUUGAAAUGCAAGCAAUAUACAGGAAUGCAAUAUAUUAAUAAGAUAUACAAGUCCAUCUUCAUAGCUAAACCAACUGGAACUGGAUGAUAAUUGAUGUUCUCUGUAGCAUAUUUUCAUUACACUCUCACUGGAGGUUGCACAUCGUAGUUCAAUGGUCCUGGAUUGGCCAAGGCUGCUCCCUGGGCCAGCACUCUGCCUCAUAAUCACACUCCUGAUUAAAUCGAACCAAUUCCCAGCCAUUUGCUGAAGACAGUCCAAUAGAUGUCACACCCUUUGAAUACCCACUUCCCCUGCUAAGAUUCACACCGGAGUCCAGGCCGUCCCAGAGGGGUUGGAGUCCGGGCCGUCCCAGAGGGGUGUAGCAACUGAGGGAGACCAUUCAGCCCUUUUAGCCUGUUCUGCAAGUGAUAUCUAUUGUACCCUCCCCCUGUUGGAGAUUGGGGAAGAUGGAAAACAAGGAUCCAGCCCCGAGGUAACUGAUGAAUCUGGAAAGUGAAGCAAUUAGGUAUUGAUGUCUCCAGGACUGAAUGAGAACCCCAGAAUUACAAUAGUUUUGUUUUAGUUGUUAGACUGUUUAUGCUGUUACAAUUACCCAUGGACCUUUUAAUGACCAGGAUUAGAAAUGUAUAAAGAGGCAUUUUAAGGAAUGUUAUUGGUUUGUUCUGAAAGCUACACCAAAAUGUUUACUCAACACAGAAUCUGAAAAUAAGUUUAAUGUUUCAUGACCCAUGGUCAUCUUUGGUCAGUUUUGGUUUAAGGACUAGUCGAGUCAGCUCAUUAGAAGCUAGAGUUAACCCAGAGAGAUCUAGAAGGAAUUUACACUACGGCAAUGAGGCCAAUCGUUCUAGAAGGUUCCCUGAGAAGCUGGGGCAGUUGAGGUCCAACCCUGGGUCUGACCAUCCAAGAUAUGCAGUGACAGGCUGCAUGAGGUGGCAUAUUGGAGCUUACCUCGCUGCAGAUUGUCCACAGUAUCGAUGACCGCUAUCAGCUCAGCACAGGACACCAUCAGACAAUGCAGAGACAACAAAGGCCUGAAUUGAGUUAAAGUUAACUCCGUUAUGUUGAGAGUCUGGAAACUCAUGUUGGAGAACACAGGUAUCCUUGUAGAAACCCACAUUGAAAAACAAAACAUGGCUGCAUGUAAAUAGAACUUUCCUAACAAGAUGGCUCUAAACAGCACUUCUAGUGAUUGUUUCCAGAGUAACGUUGUUAUUAAUUGUGAAGAUUAAUAUGCCUGAUUUAGUGAAGUUUACUGUUGUGCUAUACUAGUGAUUUUAACAGUAGGUCCUGAUAUACAGAAGUAUUUUGUACUUUGAAUGUGUCAGUUGGAC